ACUGCUGCUGCUGAGCACAACCCGGGCAGACUGUAUACUGUAGUUCUCCGCCGUCCUCCUAAUAACUCCCAUGGAGGGAAUCAUCAGGGUGUGUCUCACUGAACUUCAGAGAGAGGACCACAUCUCCUAACAUGGAGGAGAAUGAGAGUGAAGACAGGUAUGGCCUCACAAGUCUGGAUCUACCCACCACACAUUUAUCAAACCCAGACUAGUGCCCUUUGCAGUGUGAAGAAAGUCAAAGUGGAGCCCAGCAGCUGUGUGUACCAUGAGAGAGCCCAACCUUGGACUUCUCUGAACGGCAGAACCCUUGGCAUAGCGCACCCGAUCAGACUCGCUCCCUCCUUUGCGACCCGAGACUUGGCAGUGGGCGAGAGAACACGUGGCGGCGGGCAGGAGUUCCCUGUACAGACGGUGGCCGUGCGUGGGGUACGGAGAAAGCAGAACGGAACAGGCCCGGCAGAGGCCCAGCAGCCCCAGGACACAGGGCCAGUCCCCUGGCAGGGCAAGGGGCAGGAGCAGACGGACAGAGACAGGGGAGGCAGCAGUAGUGGAGCGACAAGAGGAGGGGGAAGGGGGGAGGAAGGUCGAGGAGGAGGUAGGAAGGAAGAGACAGAAGGUGACUGGGAAGAGGGUGAUUGUGGAGGUUUGAACUUGACCGACAGCGCUCAGCGAUGUGGGCUGAAACGUAAGAGCGAGGAGCUUGAUAACCGCGGGAGCACCAUGCAGAUAGUGGAGGACCUGUCCAUGUUGCCAGCCAUGAUGCAAACGACCAAUGGGGGGAAUCCAGCUGGGUUGCCCACGGCUGUAGGGGGCGGAGGAGGACCCCCAACCAAACAGGGAGCGGCGGGCGGAGCAGGAGGGGGUGAUGGGGACUACCAGCUGGUGCAGCAUGAGGUCCUGUGCUCCAUGAAGAACACGUACGAGGUGCUGGACUUCCUGGGCCGCGGCACCUUCGGACAGGUGGUAAAGUGCUGGAAGAGGGGUACUGGGGAGGUGGUGGCGGUGAAGAUCCUGAAGAACCACCCGUCAUACGCGCGCCAGGGCCAGAUAGAGGUGGGCAUUCUAGCCCGACUGAGCGGGGAGAACGCGGAUGAGCACAACCUGGUGCGGGCCUUCGAGUGCUUCCAGCACCGCAGCCACACAUGCCUGGUGUUUGAGAUGCUGGAGCAGAACCUCUAUGACUUCCUCAAGCAGAACAAGUUCAGCCCGCUGCCGUUGAAGGUGAUCCGACCCGUGCUGCAGCAGGUGGCCACGGCCCUGAGGAAGUUGAAGACCAUGGGCCUGAUCCACGCUGACCUAAAGCCGGAGAACAUUAUGCUGGUGGACCCUGUCAGGCAGCCCUACAGGGUGAAGGUGAUAGACUUUGGCUCAGCCAGCCACGUGUCCAAGGCAGUGUGCUCCACAUACCUCCAGUCCCGGUACUACAGGGCUCCAGAGAUCAUCCUGGGCCUGCCCUUCUGUGAAGCUAUCGACAUGUGGUCCCUGGGCUGUGUGAUCGCUGAGCUCUUCCUGGGCUGGCCCCUCUACCCAGGGGCCCUGGAGUACGACCAGAUUCGCUACAUUUCUCAGACGCAGGGUUUGCCUGGGGAGCAUCUGUUGAAUGUGGGGACGAAGACGGCACGGUUCUUCUGCAGGGAGUCUGACUCCCCCUACUCAGCAUGGCGAUUGAAAUCGACUGAUGAGCAUGAGACCGAGACGGGGAUGAAAUCGAAGGAAGCAAGGAAGUACAUCUUCAACUGUUUGGAUGACAUGGCGCACGUCAACUUGGUGAUGAAUCUGGAAGGUAGUGACCUGUUGGCAGAGAAGGUGGACCGAAGAGAGUUUGUCGGCCUGCUGAAGAGGAUGUUGUGGAUCGAUGCGGAGAAGAGGAUCGCCCCCGCUGAGGCGCUCAGCCACUCCUUUAUGUCCAUGCAACACCUGCUCCACUUCCCCCAUAGCAACCAUGUCAAAUCAUGUUUCCACAUCAUGGACGUUACCCGCUCUCGUCCCGGUCCUUACGACACGCUCAACCGGAACAAAGCCCCCUUCAUCAGACCGGUGACCACCACCACCACCACAGUUAACCUGACCGGGCCCUUCAGCAAGAUGGCCGCCAUCCACAACCAAGCUUUAGCCCCCUCGGCCCCCUCAGUGAUGCACCCUGGGAUACCGCUCCAAACAGGAGAUGGCCAGUUUGGCUGCAGCGACUCAUUUCAACAGGCACUCAUCCUGUGCCCCCCAACGAUGCAGGGAAUCCCCACUAACGCAGCCAAGCCUCAGGGCUUCUCCGUACGCAUGGAGACUGCUGUGCCUCUGGUCACCCAAGCUCCCUCCAUCCAGCCCCUACAGAUCAGACCUGGGCUCAUCACACAGCAGACCUGGUCUAACCGCCCCCAGCAGAUCCUGGUGCCCGCCUGGCAGCAGGUGACUCCAAUGGCGCCCCCACCAGCCACCAUGGCGUCUGACACUGUGGCAGGCCCACAGAGACUGGGAGAAUGGGGGAAGGUGCGUCCCCAUGGCAACCAAUACAGCUCUAUGAUGCCCCACCACCAUCAGCCGUUCUUAACCAACCAGAUGACCAUGUCUGCCCACCAGCCAAUCAGCAUAGGCAUCGCACACGUGGUGUGGCCACAGCCCUCUGCAAACAAGAGAAACAAGCCCUGCUUUAACAGAGGCAACAAUUUCACCUACAACACCAACACCCAAAACUCAGCAUGCCAGUCCCCAAAGAUGGCCGACACCAUGAGGAAUGUCCCAGAGGGUAGAUUCCCAGAGGCGGGGCGAGCUGCACAGCUGGAACCUGAACCGGAGCAGGAGGAGGAGCCCAGCUGCUGUAAGGCAGGUUCAGACUCUGAAGAGCAGUCUGUCUCUUAUAAGCAGCGGCAGGCCAUGGUGAUGUCUGAUGUGGCCAGCCCCACUGUUACUGUCAUUAGUAUCAGCAGUGAUGAGGAAGAGGAGGAGGAAGAGAGAACACGGAGACACUCACUGGGGAGUAAGUGUAAGGGCAGUGCUGAGUGUGAGGCGUGUCAGAGCACAGUGAGUAUGGAGAGAGUAUGUUCCCUCAGUAGUCCAGACAGCACCCUCAGCACCAGCUCCUCUGCCUCAGCCCAGUCCAGCACCUCACCCUGCAAACGCCCCAACAGUAUGUCAGAUGACGAGCAGGAGAGCGGUUGUGACAUUGUGGAUGGCUCGCCUUCCUCCGACUCCUCUGGCCCUAGCAACAGCCCCUUCACCGAACAACGCUACAUCGCCGAUGGCAACCAGAACCGCGAGCCCCGUGUAGCGUGCGUCGCCCCGGUAACGGAGCCCAGAAAGCCAGCGGUGCGCACCAUGGUGGUGCCGCCCAUGAGGGUGCAGAAUAACAACCCCCACCCACACAUCAACGAGACGCUAGGCAACACCAAGUCUUUCCAGUUCAAAGGGCGAGGUAUUCCGGGCCGUCAACCGCACCACUCCAUCCCCCUCCUCAACCGGCCACAGAAGAUCACUGCAUUCCAGCACCAGCAACAGCAGCCCAUGGGCUUUGGACAGCUCCAGCAUUACGGCUCCUGCCACCAGGAAUGGAAUGGAAACUAUGCCCACCGGCGCCCGCAGGCUUACAUCCCCCCCACUAUGCAUGGGCACUCCUUUACCCUACCCCACGGCAGCCCCAACCACACUUCAGGCCCCCGCCAUCACCCCCACCCGCACGGCCAGCAUACUCUUCUGUCCUACCCCCCCCCUGGGCCCCUGGUCACAGCAGCCCCUGUGGCCCACAUCCUGGCCUCCCCUGGGGCUUCACGGCCCGUCCUGCAGCCCGCCUACAGCAUCUCUCACCCGGGCGGUAUCGUCCACCAGGUCACUGUGGGCAUCAACCCCCGGCUGCUGCCCUCGCCCACUAUCCACCCCCAGGGCCAGUUCAAGGCCCUCUUCCCCCCACACCCCUACAUGGCCUCGCCUGCCUACGCCACCUUCCCCCUCAGCCCCACCAAACUCAACCAGUACCCCUACAUCUGACAGGGUCCCGGAGCAGCCCACCCUCCAGAUGCACCUCGCGCCCCCCGGGGGCCAAGCGAGCAGGAGGGGCCUUCUUCUCAGAAUACACAACAA